ACGUGGUGAUACUAGUGUAAGUUUUCAUGCAUUUCCAAGCAACAUUAACAAAAAGCGACAGUGGGAGAUUGUUUUGAAAAUGGGCAAAAAAACUCCAAAAAAUGCUGUGGUGUGUUCAUUUCACUUCCAAGACGAGGAUUUUAUUAUUAGCCAAACAAAACACUCACCGAGGUUACGUCGUCUCAAAGUAAAUGUGAUUCCAUCAUUGAAUCUUCCAAAAAGAAAACUUGACAAAGUGAUUGACACUCCUACAAAAGAAAAGAUACGAAAAAGAUCUGAACGAGCACAAAAACGAUCCAAAUUUGUCGGAGAUUUAUUUGGUGCAAGUAAUGAAUUAGAUCAAACACAAGAGCAAACAUCAUCUGACUUUGAAGAACUUGCUAAUGAAUUAAUAGAUGAAGCUAGGGUUCAAAUAUCUAACGAAGAACAUAUACUAACUUUUGAUAAAUGUAUCCAAGUAGACCCUUUGUACCGACCUCCAGGUUUCAAAAGCACCAUUAUGGAUCUAAUUAGAAAUGAUACUGACAUAUUAGCCUUUACAGGAAUCCCCACAUUAUUAAAAUUCAAAAAAAUAGUUGAAGUAGGGGAAUUGAUAGUUCUUAGAUUAAAUUACAAUACCCAAUUUGUCUUAGAUGUUCAUCAUCGAAUAUUAUUAACAUUAAUUAAACUUAAACUGAACAUAUCAUAUAAAUGCCUUUGUGUAUUAUUUAGUAUAUCUAAAAGUACAUGCGCAAAUUAUUUUUACAACACUAUUGAUCUAUUAUAUUUAAUCUUAAAACCUCUAAUUAUCUGGCCAUCUAAAAACAGUAUAGAAAAAAAUAUUCCUAGGUGUUUCAUUAAUUUCAUGUCUACAAGAGUUAUUGUAGAUGGAACUGAAACUGCUAUUGUAACACCAAAAUGUCUAGCAUGUCGUAUUAGGACAUAUUCAUUUUAUAAAGGUCGUCACACCAUUAAGUUCAUGGUAGGUAUAGCUCCUGAUGGGUUAAUUACUUUUGUAAGCGAUGUAUUUGGUGGAAAAGCUUCUGAUAAACAUAUAUUUGAAACCGGAGGUAUUUUAAAUAAGUGUGAAAUAGGGGACUCUGUAAUGGCAGAUAAAGGAUUCCUUAUAGAUGAAUCUUGCACAAAUGCAGGGGUCAAAUUAAUACGCCCUCCUUUUUUGAGAAAAAAUAAACAGCUUAGUUUAAACGAUGGUGUAGCAAACACAGAAAUCGCCAAAGCUAGGGAAAUGAUGGAUUUUAAUAUUUAA